AUGGCCCUCCCGCCACUCGGACACGAAUGCGCCUUUGCCCAAGUGCUUGGUCCGCUUCUCUUUGAGCGUUAUGAGCUCGGCAGGUGUCACUUCCUCACCAUUCUCGGUGGGGAUAAGCGGGAGAAUGGCGGUCGCAAACAUCCUGUCGUCUUCUAUACACGGAAUGUCAUUGUCGUCGGCUGCGUGGAUCAAGCUGAUCUUGUUGCUGCGAUGCACAAUGCUGACCAUGUUGCGGAGACGUUUGGCCGACUCCCAGUGGUCCACGAGGCAGCCAAGGACCAGGCGCAGGACACGCGGAUAGGAGCGUAG